CCCGCCGCUUAAUCAAAAUCGCAGAGAACUUCGAGAAAAAAAAAAACACGUUCGAUUGCAAAAUCUGUUACUGAGUUUUGGGCGUUGCCUGUUUUCGUGAAUAACGGUUUUAUAACGCAUCUCCCCCUCUGGCUAAUAAAGAUGGCGACUUCGUCACCGUCUCUGAGUAACAAUGGUUUCUCCGCCGCUGCUACGCCUCCCAAAACUCUCCGUGGCCUCAACAAACCCAAGUGUAUCCAAUGCGGCAACGUCGCUCGCUCCAGAUGCCCGUUUCAAUCUUGCAAGGGAUGCUGUUCAAGAGCCGAGAACCCCUGCCCGAUUCACGUUCUUAAAGGAGUUGUUACGUCUGCUGAGAAGACGGCACCAAGUACUCCAUCAUCAGAGCAGAAAGCAUCAGAGGGCACUCCCGGGAGUAGAGUUUCAUCAAUCCGCCAACUUUCCAGCAACUUUGCUCAGUUUAAUAACCUGAAUGCUGUUCCUCGCCAGAGAAAGCCUUUGACCAUAAAGGAUGCUCAAGCGUUAAACGCGUGGCGGUUUACGAAGCUAAAAGAGCACAGAGACAGAAACAUUGAGGUGGAGAAUGAAGCUUUUGAUCGGUACAUGAGUAAUGUGAACUUGCUCGAAGAAGCCUUUUCACUGGCAUCUGUUUCUGAAGAGGAAACAUCAGCUUCUGAGAGUAGUAACAACGAGGAAAGAACUGUUUCUGAGCUUAAACUGAGGCUGAGAUCAAAUUCCGCGAGAGCAGAGGGCUUCAAGAAACGCAUCACGGAGACUGUCAAAGCUGGUUUGUUGAAGGUUCAGAAACCGGGUGGUAAAUCAGAUGAUCAAGAUGACAUCAAAAGAAGGAUCAAAAGACGUCGUUUAGAAGAGAGAACCUCAGCUUUGAAUGAAAUAAUCGACAAACUGAACAAAGCAAGGACCGAAGAGGAUCUCAAAUCUUGCGUAGAGAUCCAAUCAAAGCUAUGUGGUAAUGUUUCUUCAAGCUCACCAUCCGACAAGAACAGGAUUUUCCCGGCUUCUGUACAUAAAGUUGAGAUCAGUGAAGAAGCAUUUCAGAAAAUGGGCGAGCAGCUUCAGUCUUUUGACCAAGUUGAAACUUUAUGAAGUCAAAAAGUAUACAGUAAGAAUGGGGAAAGCUUGUUGAUUGUACCUCAUUGAUCUUUGAUUGCAUGUUGCUUCAGAUUUUAAAUUUCUCAUUCGAUUGCUAAUAUGUUCCCAAACCAUUUUGUUAGGUUGAAAAAUCAUUCACAAAUGAAAAGAUUUCGUAGUUUUUUUCUCUCUAUAUAUAUAAAUAAAGUUUUUGGAUUA